AUGAACUCAAUCAAUGAUGCUUCGAUAAAGAAAAUUACGGAGAGCAAUCGCAUUAAAAAGAAGAAGCCGAAUCCAAGAUCUGUGAAGUGCCGACAACAGGAGAAAGAAGGAACAACGAAGCCGACACCGCCAUCUUCUCGUCCUCAAAAUGCCACCGACGGUCCAGCCAAUAAGAAUGCGAACUGCGGACAAGAGGAUGAGGAUGGAGAUCGACCAUUGUCGAUCAAAUUUCUCAUUCCGUCCUCGACAGUUGGUGCGAUUAUUGGAAAGAAUGGAGAGGCGAUGAACAAUUUAAGGAAAAAUCACAAGUGCCAAAUUCAGAUCACCAAAGAAGGUGACACUUAUCCAGGUACCACCGAGAAUAUCUGUUUCAUGAAAGGUCGCCUCAACGGCAUUAUGGCAGUGAUCGAGUCAAUUCAAGACAAAAUCCGCAAGAAAUGCGGCAACAAAACGGGAAACGACGAGUACGACUUCGACACUCCGCGUGGAAACGAGAUGAAGAUUGUGGUGCCGAACACGUCGGCCAAAAUGAUUAGGGCCAAGGAUAAAACACUCAUCAAGCUGAUUCGAAAGCGUUUCACGUGCCAGAUUGAAAUCUAUCCGAAGGACGUGUCUGUGGCGGUGAAGAGGGAAAGAGUUGUCACAGUGGCUCACGAGGAAUCGGCGACUCUCCUAAAAGCGGUUCGCCGAGUCUUACGAAAAGUCGCUUCGGAUCCCCACCACUCUUCGGAUAUCAAAAAAGAAGACUUCGCCCAGAAGACUCCGAAAGACCCCUCUUCCUGCAUUUUCUCCGCGAAUGAAUGCUUCAAUCGACUGAAAGAGGAAUACAGACGCACCGGGAAAGUCGAUUGCUGCCCAGCGAGAGACCGAGAGCAUCCGAUCGUCGCCGACGUCAAACAAUGGGUGAUCGAAUACAAGAAACUUCUUUCAAAAAGCCCUCCAAAACGAGACGACCCCUAUGACUUUACUGCAGCAUACAAUAGAGCCCGAGAAGCCGCAGAGGGGCGAAGAUUCGGAGCGAAGGAGCCGACGAGCGGCGAAGAUUCAGAGGAAUCACAGAGCCCGCUAAGCUUCAGCGAUUUUUUCGGACGCUUGUCCCCUAAAAGUCCAGGAAGUGCCGAAUCCCCAAAAUCACCAUAG